CGAAGGCCCUCGCCGGUUUUCCCUCUCCGGUGGCCAAAACCCUUUUCGCCUCCCUGCCUGUCUCUUUUUCGGCUGAGGAUUUCUCUUUCUGUCUCUUUUUCCGAGGAUUAGGUUAGGGUAAGGGCUUCGCGAGCUCGACGGGGAAGAGAUGGUGGCGGACAAUGGGAAGAAGUCGAAGGUAGCGGAGAGAGGGGAGGAGGAUUCCGAUCAUGUUGACGGAGAGCUCGUGCUGUCCAUCGAGAAACUGCAGGAGAUUCAAGAUGAGCUCGAGAAGGUUAACGAGGAAGCAAGUGAUAAAGUUUUGGAAGUGGAACAGAAAUAUAAUGAGAUUCGAAGACCUGUCUACGUUAAACGGAAUGAGAUCAUCCAAUCCAUUCCAGACUUUUGGUUAACUGCGUUCCUGAGUCAUCCGGCGCUUAGUGAUCUUCUUACAGAGGAAGACCAAAAGAUUUUCAAGUAUUUGGUUUCAUUAGAUGUUGAAGAUUGUCAAGAUUUGAAGUCAGGCUACUCCAUUAUAUUUAACUUCUCUCCUAACCCAUACUUUGAAGACAUAAAGCUUGUGAAGACUUAUUCAUUCACUGAGGAAGGAGUGACUAAUAUAACCGGUACGACUAUCAAGUGGAAGGAGGGUAUGGAUAUUGCCAAUGGUAAUGGUCAUGAGAAGAAGGGAAACAAGCGACCUUUUGCUGAGGAAAGUUUCUUUAGUUGGUUUGGUGAAACUCAACAGAAAAAUUUCUCUGAUGGUGUAACAGAUGAGGUGGCAGAGAUAAUCAAGGAAGAUUUAUGGCCCAACCCUUUGAAGUAUUUUAAUAAUGAGGCUGAUGAGGAGGAUUUUGAUGGAGAUGAAGAUGAUGAAGAGUCAGAGGAGUGCUUAUUGCAGAAUUUUGGCCUCCCGUUUCUUGGGCAUCUUCAGGACUCCAAAUACUUUAUGAAGGGUUCUGAAGAUGAUGAGGAUGGUGAGCAAGAUGAUGAUGAUGAGGACGAUGAUGAGGAUGACAGUUAAUCUCUUCUUCCAGCGUCUAUCGUUUGGGCUUCCACAACUUGGCUGUGGCGACUGUCAGGCAUGCUUAUCGCUAUGGAAGGUCUUGAUUUUGAGGGCGACGGCUUUAAAUCUUGCUUUAUGCACCGUAGCUGUCUAUUUUUUUUUUUUUUUUUUUUUUUGUACUUUUUUGACUUUCAUGACCGUUAGUUGAUAGUUAUAUAGCUGGUGGCCUGUCUAGAGCUAGAAGUUCAUUUAUCGUUGUGGGCGUAUCAAAUGUUUGUUCUUGGACUUAAAGCAUCUCGGUAUCCUGAGUGUUCUUCAAUCCAGGAGUUUGUAUGGAAAACCGGUGCAUCAUUUUUUUUAGAACUUGUUAUUUACAUAUAAAUAUAUUACAUCAAUUUCAGGUGGUAUCUUUUCCUCGG